AUGGCGUUUCGCCCGCCAUCGUCGCACGGCCAGGGGCACGGCGGCGAGGUGAGGGGGCUUGGGGGGCGCGCGGAGAAGCCGGGCGGCGAGGGGAAGGUGCUCGGGCGCGCGGAGAAGUCGGGCGGAGAGGGGCGCAGCCAUGGGCGCGCGGAGAAGCCGCCGACGAGCAUGAAGGACGGCAGCUGGAUCUCCGCGGACGCGCGCCAGCAGCAGCACGGCGCACCAUGGAACGCGCAGGCGGGGCGGGCACGGCGCCUGAAGCCGCGCGCGUGGCGAGCUGCGUUCGACGCGGAGGGGCGUCUCGUGCGCAUGCCAGCCGUUCUGCGCGCUGUGCUGGACGGGGGGGUGGAUCGGUCGAUACGAGGCGAGGUGUGGGAGUUCCUGCUGGGGUGCUUCUCUCUCGACUCCACCGCUGAAGAGCGCAACUACGUGCGCGCCGCCCGCCGGGAGCGGUAUGAGCAGCUGGUGCAGCAGUGCGCGCGCAUGCAUGGGCGCGUGGGCACGGGGCAGCUGGCCUUCCCCGUGGGCUCGCGCAUCAUGGACGUCCGCAUCCUCACUGCCCGCGCCUCUCAGCCUCCUGCCGCCGCCGCCGCUGCGGAUUCUACCGCUCCUGCUGCUGCCACUGCCGCCGCCGCUGCUGGUGGUGGUGCUGGCAGUGGUGUGGAUGGCGGUGAGAUGGGCGGCAUUGGUAGGGACGGCAGGGGCGCAGAGGAGGGCAGCUUCAGGCAGAGCAGCGUUACAACAACGAUGCUGAUGGAGGAGGGCGGCCCGCGGCUGCACUCGUCUUCCUUCUCCUUCCCCCUCGACCUGCUUGACCUUGAAGACCCGAGGGCACUGCUUGGUGGUGGGGGGGGGGAGGAGGACGAGGAGGAGGAUGAUGAGGAGGAUGAUGAGGAGGGGGAUGGGGAGGAGGAGGGGGAGGAUGGGGAAGGGGGGGAUGGGGAGAAGGAAAGGGAAGGGGGUGUGGGCAUGGGACACGAAAAGAGGAAGGCGAAGGGGAGGAAAGGGGCGGAGGACGGAGGAUGGGGAGGGGGAGGUGAGGGGGCGGGAGGGAAGGAGAGGAAGGGGGGAAUGGAAGAGAUGAGGGCAAAGUGGGCGCGGGAGAGGCAGAGGCGGUAUGAGAGGGUGGACCACUCACACCCUCCACAUGCCAGGGCCAGCGGUGGCGGUGGCGGGAGAGGAGGGGGAGCAGGGAGGACUGGAGAAGGGUUUGGAGGAGCAGGGGCAGGAGGAGGAGGAGGAGGAGGAGGAGCAGUGGGAAUGCGGGAUGGCAGCAGCAGGUCUCAGCGCACACGCAGCACCGAUGUGGGGCUGCUGACGGGGCGAGCAGUAGGAGCGGUGGGUGCAAACGCGCCUCUCACGCGCCCCCGAAGUGGUCGCACAGACGACCCCCUACCUGCACCCCCUGCUGCUGCGCCUUGUGCUGCUACUGUGGAGGGCUCGCUGUCAGGCACCACCGCCACCGCCACCGCCACACGCAGCACGCCAGCGGAGUGUGCCCGCUUAGCCGGUGCUGAUCUCACAGGCGGUGGUGCUGAUGGUGCUGGAAAUGCAGAUGGUGCAGCGGGGGCAGAUGCAGCGGUGUGGCAAGCAGCAGCAGCAGCAGGUGGGGAGGAGGGCGAGGGGAGCUGCCCGGACGAUGGGGUGGGUGGGGAGGGGCAGCGGCGCAAAGGCAAGAAGAAAUGGACCAGACUGUUGCCGGGCAAGGGGAAGGAAGGGAGGGAAGGGAAGGAGGGCAGGGAGGGCAAGGAGGGCAAGGAGGUAAAGGAGGGGAGAGAGGGGAGGGAGGGCAAGGAGGGGAGGGAGGGCAAAGAGGGAAAGGGACGGCUGCUGACAGGGGUUGGAUCCGUUAGUGGCAACGCCCUGCUGGACCCAGACGUCCUCGUUAUAGAGCAAGGAGGCGAGGGGGAGGAAGAGGAGGAGGGUGGGGGAAUAGGCGCAGAGGAGGAGGGUUCUGCAGGGGGAGGAGGCGGAGGGGAAGGGGGGAUGGGCGGGGGAGCAGGGGGGGAGGGCAAGGGGCCGUGGCAGAGGGGAGUGAAGAGUGUGAAGAAAGCACAUAAGAAGCUGCGGGGGUACUUGGGUGCAGGGGAGAGCGCAGGGGGGGAGGAGGGGCAUGUGGAAAGCGGGGACGGGGGUGAGGGGAGCGAGCGGGGGGCGAGGGCAGGGGGAGCAGCGCGGGAGGGGUUGGGUGCGGGGGGUGUGGGGGUUGGGGGGGUUGUGGGUGUGGGGAGAGCGGGAGUGGGUACGGGAGCGGGAGGGGGAGGACUCGGGGGGCUGGGAGGGGGGAUGGGGGGGAUUCAGAGGGGGUUGAUGGCGGGGGGAAACCGGCUGAAGAAGGUGCUGAGUGCUGACUGGGGGGGUGUGUCUGUAGACGAUCUGCUCGCUUCCAUUCGCAACCCCACCCACUCCUCUGCCACCCCCGCCAGCAAUCCCACCACUACCACUGCCAGCUCUGUCAGCGGUGUCAGCACUGCCACUGCCACUACCAACGCUGCCAGCACUGGCAGUGGUGGCAGCGGCAGCGGCAGCAUUGCAAGUGCGGCUGGGAUCCCAAAAGGGAAUAGGAUGGGGAGCGUUGCGGAUGGUGGCAGUGCGAGCAGUGGCGGUGGUGUGUGGGAGGAGAGGCGAAGGGGAAAAGGGGAGGCGGGUGGAGAGCUGGGGAGUGUUUCGGAGCGGGUGGAGGGGGAGGGGGAGGAGGCGGAGGGGGAGGAGAGGGAGAGGGAGGAGGCAGAGUGGGAAGUGGCGGGUGCAGCGGAGUGGGAGGGGCGCAAGGCUGGUGCAGGGGAGGGGGGUCCGCACAGGAGGCAACAAGUUGGGGGGUCGGGGCGGAGAGAGGCCGGGUGGCAGUUAGAGGAGGAAGAGGAGGACGAUGAGGGAGAGGAGCGGGAGAGGAGGGGGAAGGCGGAAGGCGGAGGAAGGAGUGGGGGAGGGGCGGAGGGCGGAGCAGGGGAGGGGCGGCGCAGAGGGGGGUCAGCAGCAGCGCCAGGGGAUGGCUGGGGGCUUGGAUUCGUGGGCGGUGGAGGAAGCUUCCGUGAAGGAGCAGCAGGUGCAGCAGCAAGAGAGGCAGACGGAGGUGAAGCAGAGAGGAGGGAACGGCGAGGGGAGGAGACGAAGAGAGAGGAGAGGAGGAAAGAGGAGGGGCGUGGAAGUGCUGUGCGGCAGGCAGAGGACGAAGAGGAGGAGGGGGAAGAGGGGGAUGAGAGGAGCCCCUGUGCUGCAGGCAGGGCACUCAGUGCUGAGGGUGAGGGCGGGCAAAGGAGAGGAGUAGCAGCAGGAGGAGGAGGGGAGAGAGGGGGAGGAGGAGCAGCUGUGGAGAAAACUGGGCCGUUUGUGGGCAGUGCGAGGAGCGAGUGGAGCGAGGGGAGCGAUGGGGCAGGGGGGGGGGAGAAGCGGGGGGGCAGCAUCCUGCAGGCGUAUGUGCGGCAGCGGUCGUUCAACGGCCGCAACCCCACCGCGGAGCAGGUGUGGUCGUGGAUCCUGGGUCAUGAUGAUGAUGCCGAUGCUGGCCGUGAUGGUGGUGAUGGGGAUGCACGGGGCGAUGGUGGUGCUGGCGAUGGUGGUGGUGCUGGCGAUGGUGAUGGUAAUGGAGGAGGCGAUGGGGGCGUGGGGAAGGGUGGUGCGGGGGAGGGGGCGGGAAGGAAGGAGGGGGAAGGCAGGGAGGGGAAGGAGGGGGAGGAGGAAGAGGAGGGGGGUGAUGCGCGGUUGACGGUCGAUCCAGUGGUGGCAGAGCAGCUGGGGGUGACUCCUGAGAGGGUGGCAGAGUGGCUGUGGACGCUGCAUAAGAUAUCGGUGGAUGUGGAGCGCACGGACCGCCACAUGGCGUUCUACGCGGAUCGCAGCAACCUGGCGGCCAUGAGUGACAUCCUGGCCGUGCAUGCUUGGAUCGACCCUGCUACUGGCUUCUGCCAAGGCAUGUGCGACCUGCUAUCGCCCUUCAUCAUCCUCUUCCCGCACCCCGCCGACGCCUUCUGGUGCUUCGAAAGCCUCUUCUCCAGAAUCCGCCACAACUUCCUGACGGAGGGUCCGGUGGGCAUCCUGCGGAAGCUGGCGGUGCUGAGGGACGUAGUGGCGCUGCGCCACAACUUCCUCACAGAAGGGCCGGUGGGCAUUCUUCGGCAGCUGGCGGUGCUGCGCGACGUGGUGGCGCUGGUGGACCCUGAGCUGGCCUCCCACCUGGAGGAGCUGGGCGCCGACAACUUCAUGUUCACCUUCCGCAUGCUGCUCGUGCUCUUCAGGAGGGAGCUGCCGCUUCUGGAUGUGAUCGUCAUGUGGGAGGUGGGUUCAUACGUCAUUGGCAUUGGGAGGUGUGUUGAAUAG